AUGAGGAUAGUUUUGUUAUUAUUAUUCGUUCUAUUUCAUAAAGGUUUCUCCUCCGAGUAUGAUUCGAGAAUUUCAUCCUCAAUGCCCCUAAAAAUAUCUAAACGAAGACCCAUCUUAUCCCCUAAAAGUAUUUUUAAGCUUGGCUUUUUCACACCGGCCGUAGUAGGUGACCGUUGGUAUCUCGGUAUAUGGAACCGAAGGUUCCCUAGUGAAGUGGUAUGGGUUGCAAACAGAAACAAUCCACUCCCCAAGCCCAUCGGAACACUCACAAUCUUCAAGAACAACCUCGACCUUGUUGAUCAAUACGGUAAGUCUGUUUGGUCAACCUCAACCAAUGGGACUAGCCAAAGACUGAACAAGUCGGUAUUGACUGGAGAGCUUCUUGACAAUGGCAACUUGGUAUUGCGAUGCUCCGACAAGCACGACUCAAGUGAAUUUUUAUGGCAAAGCUUCGACGAUCCGACUGACACGUUACUCCCUGAUAUGAAAGUGGGUUGGGAUAAGAAGUCGGGUCUAAAUAAGAUAUUACGAUCAUGGAAAACCACUGACGAUCCUUCAACUUGCGAUUACACUUACAAAGUAGAAAUCCUGAGGAGUGAGGAAAUCAGCUAUUCAUUUAGCAUAAGUAACGCUAGCUUUUUCUCAAUAUUGAGAUUGAGUUCUAACGGAGCAUUGAACCGGUCCACAUGGAUCCCAAGAUCAGGGAAGUUCAAGAGGAUAGAUUAUUUAUUACCAAAUGAUGCGUGCGAUGUAUACAACACAUGUGGGCCUAAUGGUCUAUGUGACAUAAACACCUCACCGCCCUGUAAUUGCAUCCACGGGUUUCAGCCAAGAGAACAAGAGGCGUGGGAACUACAAGAUAGAGAAAGCGGGUGUGUGCCGAAGACUCAGUCAAGGUGCUCUGGAGAUCAGUUCUUAACUCUGAAGAACAUGAAACUACCAGAUACAGCAGAGUCAGUUGUCGACAUGAAACUUGGGUUGAAGGAAUGCGAGAAGAAGUGCUUAAAUAAUUGCAACUGUACUGCCUACGCGAAUGAGAGUAUGAAAAACGGUGGUUCAGGUUGUAUUAUUUGGGUAGGGGAGCUAUUGGAUGUCCGGAAGAACAAGGUUGCCGGUCAAAAUCUUUAUGUUAAGAUGGACGCCAUUUAUAUCGGAGAAUUACAUUUUGAGUCUAUGGAACUUGAAACUAUUGUCCAGGCCACCCAAGGUUUUUCUGAUUCAAAUAAAAUAGGAAAAGGUGGAUUUGGGAUUGUUUACAAGGGGAGGUUACUUGACGGACAAGAAAUCGCUGUGAAGAGACUGUCGAAGAUUUCAACUCAAGGUAUUGCUGGAUUUAAAACUGAGUUAAGUCUGAUCGCGAGUGUCCAACAUGUAAACCUCGUCCAGCUCCUAGGCUACUGCUUUGAGGGGGGUGAGAUGAUUAUAAUUUAUGAAUACCUGGAAAACUCAAGCCUCGACACUUUUAUAUUUGACGAAAGCCAAAGCUCUAAGUUAAACUGGGAGAAGAGGUUCCAAAUUAUCAAUGGAAUCACUCGGGGCCUUUUGUAUCUUCACCAAGAUUCGAGAUAUCCGAUUGUCCAUAGGGACUUAAAACCCAGAAAUGUUUUACUUGACAAAGAUAUGGUUCCAAAAAUAUCAGAUUUUGGGAUGGGAAAUGUAUUUGAUAAGAAUAAGGCAGAAGCUAACACAACAAAUAUCGUCGGAACUUACGGUUACAUGUCUCCGGAAUACGCGGAGGACGGAACUUAUUCAACAAAGUCUGAUGUCUUCAGUUUCGGUGUCUUGGUUCUUGAGAUUAUCUAUGGAAAAACGAACAGAGAAUCUUAUAAAUACUCGGAGAACGAAGAAAGUCUUAUUAAUUAUAUAUGGAGGUAUUGGAAGGAAGGUAAAGGGCUCGACAUCAUUGAUCCGGUUAUCUUCGACUCAUCAACAUUCCAACCACACGAAGUAAAAAGAUGCAUACAGAUUGGUCUCUUGUGUGUUCAAGAACGUCCGGAAGAUAGACCCACGGUGUUAUCAGUGUCUGUGAUGCUCGCAAGCGACACAAUGGAGAUCGCUCUACCAAAACCGCCUGGUUAUUCAGUUCGUAGAAGUCCUCUUGAGAUUGGUUCCUCAUCACGAAAAAGGCGAAAUGAAGAGUCUUGGACUGUGACCGAAGUUACCUAUUCGGGCAUUGAACCUCGGUAA